AUGGCCGAGCCAGAAGGGAACGCAGGUGCUCGCGAAGAAGAUAAGAAGGAGGACAGGAAGGGAACGCACGAGGCAGGCGAUGUCCAGGGUAAUUUGAAGAUUCACAUCAAACUGAAUCUGGAUGUGGAUAUUCGAAUUAUCGCAAAGAUCAAAGGUGAUAUUGCGAUUGGCAUUCUAUAA